UUUGCCAUCUUGUCGAGUGGUAAGAGGAAGAGCAGAGCGGCGGUUAGCUUGCUGCUAGUAACUAGGUUUGUGUCAUAGCAGCAGCUCUAACUAGUGAGAAAACCAGAGAACGAGGAAGAUAAACUUUCUUAAAUUCAGGAAUUUCUCUCUGUCGGAGGAUAUAGAUUCAAUGUGAAGAUUUGGAAGAGGAUAUGGACUUGUUUACAUGAUGUCGUACAGGCUUGUUUAUAGGUAAGGAUCGAACUAACGACACCGAUAGCUAUUAUUUGGUUAGCUUUUAGCUACAUUAGCUAGCCAGCUAAAAGGGAGAGUGGUGAACGGAGCCCGCCUCAGACUAAAGUGUUGGUAGCAGCUGGUGAGCGGUAACUGCAACAGGGGGCUACUUGCAACUCCGGGACCGGGACAAUAACGCACGCAGGAGGCCAGGUUCGGAAGAACUGGAGGAGUAGGAGGUGGUGAUAUAGGGAUACUUGUCACACAGAGACUAGCUAACGUUACCCUGUCCGAUUUCGGACGCUGGGCUGGUUCUUUUUUUUUUUUUUUUUACAGACAAUCUGCAACAGGAGAGGGGAGCAAGGAAUAUGUCGCAUACUUGCCUGCUAUAAUCUGUGAAUUCUUUAGCUAGCUCGUUAAAAGAUAUCACUUACUGAGCUCAGACGAAACACUUAUCAAGGAAAUAGACAGUAAAUUGAGUGACUAGCAAAGAUAUUCAACAUGUCAAAAAUGCCAGCAAAGAAGAAGAGUUGUUUUCAGAUCACGAGUGUGACACAGGCUCAGGUGGCGGCCAGUAGCAUCACGGAUGACACCGAGAGUCUGGACGACCCGGACGAAUCCAGGACCGAGGAUGUGUCAUCCAAAAUAUUCGACGUGUCCCUGGCCGAUCCGGGAGUAUGUGAUCGAAGUUCAUCCGAGGAGACUUUAAACAAUGCAGGGGAAGCGGAGGCAGCUGUCAUGGCCUUACAUUUACUUCAAGAGGGGCAGCCAGUGGCUGCAACAGGUCCUUUUAAUGGGGGCCAUGCUCUUAGAAGUACAGGCCUGAGCCAUGUCAACCCACACUUUUUAGGGGGUAGUGGUCCUGUACCGACUGCGAGUCAGCCCUCCAUUCCAACCUCGGCCACCCAGCAGCCGACAACAGUCAACGCUGGCCCUGCUGCGAAUGUUUCCCCAAGUGUAUCUCAGACGCCCCCCGUGGCGCCUAGCUCUACAACGACGACAAGCUGUAGUUCACGUUUCAGGGUCAUUAAACUUGACCACAGUACAGGAGAGCCCUUCAGACGGGGCAGAUGGACAUGUAUUGAGUUCUAUGAGAGAGAUUCUGAGGGCUCUAGCAUGAGCAGGACUGUGGAUAGCAUAAAACACGCUGUCACCAUUGACCACAAUGCAGACAGUGGGCUAGGGACCACAGGAAGCAAUGUGGUUGCUCCUAGUGCUCUCUCCACACAGGCUCAGGAGUCCACAGGUGAUAGUGGCUACUACACUUUCCACCAUGGCCAUCCUCCGGAGCUUCAGCAGCAAGGCUACAGCCUAGAGCCCCAGACAGGGAGCGGGGCGAAUGCCUUACAGCCCACAGGGUACUCAGCGACAGUAUCCCAGGCACAGAUCAACGUGCAGCCCGCUGUCCCCCAAAUGCUUCACCCUAUUGGCCUCAACGGUGUGCCCCAAGGUGGCAUGCUGCAAAAAUCCCCCCUUGUGCCUCUUGCCACGCAGGCCAAGCAGUUUGCCUACUCCGCUCAUGCCUCUGGAAUGCACCCCAGUCAGCUGGACUACCGACAGCAGCACUUAGCCCCUCUACAGCCUCAGGGCUCCAGCCCUCAAACCCACCCCAUGGCCUCCCUCUCUGUGGGGCCUCUGUUGAGCCAGGGCCCCUCGUCUGUCAACACCCCUCAGGCUGGGGAGCUGUCUGGGUCUUUGCACGGCGGUCCAUUAGCCUCGACCCAGGGGCUGUUGCAGCAGGUAGCCAGCGGGGCCGUUAUGUCUCCUGCCCUACAGCAGCCGGUGAGUCAUCCUCAGCCUUCAGGAGGAGUGGGCAGGGCCUCCGUUGUCCAGAAUGUGCCUGCCACAGUGCCCAGUGCCACCAACACCCCCCCAGGCAUGCCAAGCCAGGCCCCUGACCCAGGAGGACUCCCCCUGGCCCAGGUAGCUCGCGGUGAGGCCACAGCUGGAGCAGCCGGGCAGGGCCUUCCCACUGCCAGCCAGGGGGACGACAGCCGCAGGAGGUCGGACACCCUACCUCAGCCCAAUGCAACCCCUGGAAAAGAUGUCAUGAGGCCUUUCAUCCCUGAGAGCUUGCAGCUGGCCACUCCCACAGUCAACAGCCUGUUCGGGAUAGCCAUUCCCAUGGAUGGAGAUGAGGAUGGUUCUUCUGGAGCCAGUGUUGUAGCCAUCGAUAACAAGAUCGAGCAAGCGAUGGACCUGGUGAAGAGCCACCUGAUGUAUGCAGUGAGGGAGGAGGUGGAGGUUCUGAAGGAGCAGAUCAAGGAGCUGUAUGAGAGGAACUCUCAGCUGGAGCGGGAGAACGCUGUGCUCAAGUCCCUGGCCAACACUGAUCAGCUCACCCAGCUGUCGUCCACCCAAAUCAGCCCGGCCGGCAGCACCUCCCCCCCUCAGCAGCAACCCCCCACCAAUAACGCCAAUACCAAACCCCACUUGGAAGGUGCAGCCCAGGCUCUCAGCCUGCUCCAGCAGCCCAAUGUCACCUCAGCGUGAUCACCUGCCUCCGUGACACACCUCCCCGAAAUACGCGAGGAGGAGACCCCAACCAACCAACCAACCAACCAACCAUAACAUAAUCAACACUUGAUUAUGUUUUUUUUGAGAAGCAAAAGCGGCCUUUGUUUGCCACCCUUGUCUUUUUGAGUGGCGUUAAGAGCCAUGCUUCAGUGUGCUGCUGCUGUCGUCGGGCCUUCCCAGUAUUAGACAAUCAUCAUCCUGUGAAAGCAUUCUUUUGGCCGGGCGUCCCGUGUUCAGUCGAAGGGGAACUGGCCAGGGGCGAGUACAGCGCAGGCUGCGUCCCACGCAGGGGAGAGAGGUGAUGGGCCGUAUUGUGGCAGGAUAACUGGGGGUGGUCCAAAGGCCCCCCCAAAAAACACUGGGCUGUUGGUGGUGAGUGGAAAAGAACGGGGGAAUGAGAGGGACAAAGAGACUGAGGUGGGGGAAGAGGAUUCUCGCCCCACCAUAAGAGGAAUGUGUCUCUCACUGUGAGAAGAGCAAGAGUUUUCCCAGAGCCACCACACUUUGACCCAAGUAAUAAAAAAGACCUUCAUUAGUUCAGUUUUACUGUUUGCAUUUAUUUAUUUCGGGGCUGCUAUUUUCAUAAUGUAAAUGAACAAUGUAACAGAAAUACUUAUAUUUAAAAAAAUAAAAAAAUAAAAAAAGUUUCUGUUAUGAUAGAUUGAUUAUCGGUCAGGCAUUUUUGGUAGUAUAAUGCAACAAGUAGUUCCGUAUAGGCAAUAGGUUCUUUAAAAUGGCAAUUUCCUAUGGCAUAGCAUCGCUAACACUAAAAGGCAGUUCAUUUAAAUGAUGAAAUCCAGGUUGAAUGUACAUUUUGUAGAGAGUGUAAAGUAUUGAGAGCGUAGAGGGUUUGUACAGGUGAACACAAGUUCUUCAAAUAUAUAUAUAUAUUCUUCAAUGAAUUUUCGGUGGUUAUAUUUUGAUGAAGAACACUGUUCAUUUCCUUUGCUAUAGUUUCUUUUUGGAAAAAAAUGUAGAGAAAAUUGCCAUACUUCCCCAACCUUUUUUUUUUAAAUUCUGUUGCGCAUAUUUAAUUUCUGGGCUGGGGGUAAAAAAUAAAUAAAAAAAAGCUGUGAAAUUGUUCAACCUACUUUGUAACCAAAGACACAAAGCUGUGUAAUUCCUAUAUUUUUUAUUAUUUUUGAAUGCACACUUCUAUGUAUUUUUACUUUCUUUUAUUUUUUUUACUUCCUCCUUCACAUCAAAUGUUUUUUUUGGGGGAUGCUGUUUAGCAUGUUCUGCAUGAUCUAUAAUCAAACCACUUUCUUACCUCAUGUUUUUAUCCAACGCUCUUAUUGUAACAUAUAGUUAGUUAUUCAGUCUGAACGAUGGGUAAUGGACGGGGGGUGGGGGGGAGGGAGAAUGAGGGAUUAAGAGGAAGGGAGAGUCAGAAGCUCACAUUAGCAGAAAAUGAAGUUUGACCCAUCUUUUUGUUCAUGUAAACAGUGUUUUUUUUAUUUUUUUUAUUUCAUAUGCAGACAAAGUUUUGUUACGUUUAAUGUAUUUGAUGAAUGCAAACAUUUAGAUUCUGAUUGUAGUUUACCAAUCUGUACUUCAAUAAAAAACGUUCUAACUUAACGGAAACUUUGUACACAUUUCACAACUCCAGCUUGAACCCAGUAAAUUCCUGUAUGAGCAUAUUAUGGUAUGUCCUGUCUGUGUUACAUGUAUUUUGUGCCUCCUGCACCAUCGCCAGUUGUCGGGCGACCUGGUUUAUUCUUUGUGGCUUAUAAUUGUACAAUCGGUCAUCUUUAGCAGGAUGAAUUUAGAUUUCAACUAAAGUAUUUUUUUUAAUAUUUUUUUUUGAAGGAGAUGCUGUGCACAUGCCAGGUGUACUGUAUGAAAGUGAUUUAUCACUGAGCCUUGGAGAAAAUAUCUUAACAAUGCCCUUGUAAUGUGCUGUUCUGACGGUUUCAGUAAAAAAAAUAAAUUACUGUUUUAUUAAGAAUGUCAA